CAUCUGCCCGAGGAUUAAAUACAACUGCUUCUGAUUACUGCUUAAUCAAGAACAUCAACUAAUCAACAGUUCUAUGUUACUACUAUGCAAGAAGAAAUGACAUUCUGGGGCGCUUAUGUGACUUUGAAUGAGCCUUACAUCCUGAACUCAGAUGGCAAACGGCUUCGAAUUACACAGGCCACGUUAGAGCCGCAGAAGGAUGGUUCUUUAACAAGAGCAAGGUCGAUUCUUCAAUGUACAGUGGGGAGUAAACCUCCUGUUUCCAUAUGUUCAUUGUCAAAGGAGUUUACCUUCACUCAGUUGGAUCUUGAGCUUGAGGAGUCUGAGCAAGUCAUCUUCGCAGUCAAAGGUCCUCAAAUAAUUCAUCUUUCUGGUUAUUAUGUUCCUUCACAAGCUGUUUCUAAGAGGGAAGCCAGUACUAGCACCGAUGAUCUCAUAAUAGAUUGCAAUGGUGAAGCAGAUAAAGUUAUGGCAGAAAAUUGUGAAGAGAGAAAGCUGACUGCAGUGGAGAGAGAUAUUGCUAACACUUGUAGCAUGCUUGACUGUCGUCGAUAUGACACCCCAGCUGACGAGGAGAUGGUAACUGAGAAAGUACAACUCCACGCUCCUGAGAGUAUACUGGAUGGCGAAGAUGAGGAUUAUGUUCCAUGUAUGAGGAAGAGUGCAGCAACUGCAAAGAAAAUGCUAAAGAAAGGUGGAGAGGAUGCUGACAAGGUAAUAGUUCAGGCAAGUAAAUUGUUGAAAGCUGUUGACUGCAUAAAAGAGGAAACAGCUGAUGGUGUCAGUAGACCAAGUCAACAAGAAAGGGAGGAAAGCCUGAUGAAUAACUUGCACCUUGCUUCCAAUGAGGUUGGCUUGGAGAAAUGCAUAGAGCCAGAAAAGAUAUCAGUUGAACCUUUCUGCAAAGAAGAUGCUUCUCACAGUAAUACUCUUUCAUGUUGGAUUGCCAAUUUUACUUGUAUUUUCAACACUCAGCUGGCAAAGAUUGGAGAAGCCCGUAAGCAGGCCCUUGAUGGUGACAUUGGUGGUUCUCCUCCCUUGCCAUCUAUGUUCGUGCUGCCUUCUUGUGAACUAGACUUACAAAAGAGUUUGAGGAAAGAGAAGAAAAGAAUAGAUGGAUGUGGAAAUGAAAAGAAAACCACUGGAGGUGACACUGAAUACCAGAAGAAUGCUAUAAAAGAGAAUGAAGUGCAGCAAGCUCACAAAGAAAGUGAUGAUUUGUACCAAGGUUGUGCUGGGAGUCAACAUCAAUGGAAAUCAUUCACAUCAAUUGAAAGCAGUGGUUCUUUUCACUCGCCAUCUAAGGCUGGGCUGCCUUGUCAAAUUGACAGGCUAAACAAUGGGAAGAAAAAAAAGAAAAGAAAAGAAGGAUGUGAGGAGCUGAAAACUAUUGAAGCUAUUGUUUACCACUGCAGGAAUGCUCUGAAAGAGAAUAAAGUAAACCAAUCUCACACAGAAAGUGACAACACGUGCCAAGGUCGUGCAGGGAACCGACAUGAUCAGAAUUUAGCAAAGAAUAUUGGUGGAAUGGGUGAAUCAAGUCCUUCGCUGCCUCGAGAUGAAGUCCAUGAUGCAGUUGAUCAGAAACCUAAAGAGAGACUGACAAAUGGGAAUGUCCAAGUUUGGCCUAAGACAAAUGAUGACGGGAAACGAAGAAUUGAUAACAGGUUGACCUUCUUUAGUGGGGAAAGUAAGUGUCCGAAUGGCUCAAUUCCUCCUCCUGCUGAAGAUAGAUCUAAAAAUGGUCAGAAAUCAAAAAAGAGAAAGAAACACCGGGCUUUGGACCAAAACUAUGUUAACGGAGAUGGAGAUGCCUUUCAAAAGGAAAUCUUUAGUAACAUUGUGGCUGACAUGGGGAGCAUGAGGAAUCACGGAGAUUUGAUACACGAAUCUUGUAAAUGCAACACCAAAAAUCUUUUGAAAGAAGCCAAGUUCAAGCAAAACAUACAAGGCACUGAGAAUAUGGAAAUUGUUCUCCCAACAAAUAUUGAGCAUCAGAUGCCAAUGGAUGACACCAAGAAUCAUGAAAGCUGUCCUGACUUAGUAGAGGAUGGAUACCAAUCUUAUAAAGAAUUCAAAAAGAAGAAACAGCUGAAGAUCAAAGCCAAACAAAACGGCAAUGAUUUGGAACAUAAAGAAUUCAAAAAGAAGAAACAGCUGAAGAUCAAAGCCAAACAAAACGGCAAUGAUUUGUGUUCCACUUCUAAAGCGAGGACCAUCUCAAAUGAAAUAAUUAUAGAGGAUCUGGCAGCAGGUGAAUCUGGCGGGAAAGUAGCUGCUCCGGGAAGAAAGAUCAAAGUAUUUUACACUGUCAGGUCGAGGGAGACUGGAAGUUUACUUGAGUCAAAUCUUGGGGAAGAAAAGCCCUUCAAGUUCCGCUUGGGUGACAAAAAGGUAAUCCAGGGUUGGAAUCUCGGCAUUAACGGUAUGCGUACUGGAGACAGGAGGAGACUGAUCAUCCCACCAUCAAUGGUUUAUGGUGAAAGAGCUCCAGAUGUUAUUCCCUCAGAUUCAUGGCUGGUGUAUGAUGUUGAAUUGGUUUCUGUGCGUUGAUUGCUUAAAGUCCAGCAAAAUCUAAUGAAGCAAGAUUCAAGUGUUUUGAUGUUAAGUACCAGCAAAAUCUAGAGAAGCAGAACUCAAAAGUGUUUUAAAAUAUUUCGUAGUGCUUUGAACAUAAAGUUCAUAUGACUAUAGGUACAGUAGAGCUGGAACAACAGCUCUUUUUGGUGAUUUAAUGAAGGCUUGUUUUCUUUUUUGUUUGCCUAGUGUACUUGUGGAAGACUCUUAGCAAGGCCAUUACAAGCAACUGCUAAUGCAUAAGUCCGAGUGAGUAGU